CGCAUGAUUUAUUCGACGCGGACUGAAAGUUGGUCGCCAUUUUCUGCAAACUGGAAAUCUAUUUUUAUUAUAUUUUUUAUUUUUAUUUUUUAAUUAUUAUUAUUGUGAUCGUUAAUUCAGAUUCUAUUUAUGCCAAUUGCCAAAUGUGUGAUUCCGAUUCACUCUCAUUUUCUUUUCCUUUUCAAUUUAUUCUGUUGAUCAUUCAUCAGAAUUUGGCGUUUCUAGAUUGUGAUUCUGCACAAUAAUUUGAUUUGCAGCUAGAAUGGAUGAAGGAAAAGUUCACCCAAUUGCGAGUAAUUCAGGGGAGAAAUUAGGGGCAAAUGCGAUGCAAGCUAAUGUAAUUCGGGAUGGCGAUGGAUCGUCUAGGGUUAUAUUGUCGGAGCCCACCGGUUGUACGGCUGAGGUGGUGUUGCACGGUGGGCAGAUCAUAUCAUGGAAGAAUGAAAACAGAGAAGAGUUGCUAUUUAUGACCAAUAAGUCUCUUUGGAAGGCUAGUAAAGUCAUCAGGGGUGGGAUAUCCAUUUGCUUUCCACAGUCUACCAAUUUUGGGUCCCUGGAGCAAGCUGGAAUUGGGAGGAAUAGACUGUGGUCGAUAGAUAGCUCUCCUUCGCCUUUGCCUCCUGUCAAUAACCGCUCAACAGUGGAUCUUCUGCUUAAAUCCACAGAUGAAGAUCUGAAGACUUGGCCGCACAGAUUUGAGUUACGUCUACGAAUCUCUGUGACUGCUGGCAAGCUCACCGUGAUCCCUCGAGUGCGGAACAUUGAUAGCAAGCCAUUCUCCUUCACAUUUGCUCUAUGCAGUUACCUAUCCCUCUCUGAUAUCAGUGAAGUGCGUGUUGAGGGCUUGGAGACACUUGACUACUUUGAUAGCUUGUUACAAAGGGAAAGGUAUACUGAGCAGGCUGAUGCAAUUACUUUUGAUGGUGAGGUUGAGCGGGUGUAUUUAAGCACGCCACCAAAGAUAGCAGUAAUAGACCAUGAGAAGAAGAGAACCUAUGUACUUCGCAAAGACGGCAUGCCUGAUGCAGUUUUAUGGAAUCCUUGGGACAAGAAAGCAAAGGCUAUGCCAGAUUUUGGCGAUGAGGAUUACAAGAUAAUGUUAUGUAUCGAUUCUGCUUCUGUUGAAACCCCAAUAGUCUUGAAACCAGGUGAAGAGUGGAAGGGCCGUCAAGAGCUGACAGCAGUCUCUUCAAGUUAUUGCAGUGGACAGUUGGAUCCUCGAAAAGUAGUUCAGGGGUACAGCUAUUGAAUUUGGAGCGCACAUCGGGUUCUGGUAUCACUUACUAUCAUUUACCAGUGUGUAUAUAUGCUCUCUUCUCUCGAUCUCUCUAAUCUAUCUCUAAUGUUCAAACAAAACAACCAUCUGUGGCUGAACAUCUUAGUGACAUAAGCAAUAUGUAUGUUGGUACAUGAGCUGCUUCUUUUGUUUGUGGAAGCACUAAUCCAGCUAAAUGUUAUAUGAGGUUCAACGUUUUACCUUGGUUUAGAACAA